CGGGAGUUGUGCGUAUUGCGGGCCGCCUGCCCCCUCGGUCGGCACACUGGCGUCUCUGAACACUCUCAUCUUUAAGAAUUGAGUGACUUCGUGACUUGGAGUAUGUGGACCUAGUGGCUGGAUUCAAGGACGAACAGUAGGUUGUAUGGAGGGCCCAGGAGGAUUCAGUUGGGAUCCCAGAAAUAAGAUCAUGUUUUAAUGCUCUUUUGCUAAAUUGGCUGAAAAGUUUGAAUUAUCAACCCUGUAAUUAAAAGUUUAUAUUAAAACAUUGCAUUUUUCCUUAACAUAUCAUGAAUCUCAAAUUCUCUUUUGUGUAUAUGUUAAGUUUAUGUACAUGCGCAUGAAAUUACCUGUGUAUGUGAAGUAUAUUUUUAUUGAAAUGCAGGACAUUUAAGAAGUUAAUCUGGAAAAUUGGGUUUUACAUCUAGACCCUCAUAUUUCCAGAGUUGUUUUUUUUUUUUCCUUUCUUUUUUAAGAGAAGAGAAUGUCAGUGGUGCAUCAGCUGUCUCCAGGAUGGUUAUUAGAUCAUCUUUCUUUCGUUAACAACAUAAACUACCAACUUCACCAACAUCAUGAGCCUUGUUUCAGUAAAAAUGAACCCACUUCAUCUGUCCACUUUGAUCCUCUUCAAAAGGAUUCUUUGAUGUCUUUGGGAGCCUCUGCUACAUUUAGUGCUUUUGACUCUACCACUAAGCCAGAUAAUGAUGCCAGAGGAAAUUGUAAAAUCGUCAUACAGAGAUAUGUUUUUCGAUCUGAGCUAUUUAAUGUCACCAAACCUUAUAUAACCCCAACUGUUCACAAAGAAUGCCGACCAAGGAAUGAGAAGGAAGAUCCAAUGGAUGGUGUUAAAGAAGAAAACUGCAUUUCUAUUGGGAAGAAGCGUAAAAGAUGUGUCGUUUUCAAUCAAGGUGAAUUGGAUGCUAUGGAAUAUCAUACAAAGAUCAGGGGACUGAUUUUGGAUGGCUCUUCAGAGUUAAUCCAAGAAGGUCUCAAAAGUGGUUUUCUUCAUCCACUUUCUGAAAAAUGGGACAAGUGUAGUGAGCCCAUUACUUUACCACUUGAUACCUGCAAUUUGUCAGAAUUAUGUGCAAUGGCAAAGCAUUUGCCUUCUCUGAAUGAAAUGGAACUUCAGGUGUUACAAUUGAUGGAUGAAGAUAUGUCUGUUACAGAACAGGAUUUAUUUUCACGGGUUGUUGAAAACAACUCUAGCAUUACAAAAAUGAUUACUUUAAUGGGACAGAAAUACCUGGUGCCACCAAAAAGCAGUUUUCUUUUGUCUGACAUUUCUUGCAUGCAUCCACUUCUGAACUGUAGGAAAACAUAUGAUGUAAUUGUGAUAGAUCCACCAUGGCAGAACAAAUCAGUUAAAAGAAGUAACAGGUACAGCUAUUUAUCACCACUGCAAAUAAAGCAGAUACCUAUUCCUAAACUGGCGGCUCCAAACUGUCUUGUUAUUACCUGGGUGACCAAUAGACAGAAGCACCUACGUUUUGUAAAGGAAGAACUUUAUCCUUCUUGGUCUGUUGAGAUAGUUGCUGAGUGGCACUGGGUAAAAAUCACCAAUUCAGGAGAGUUUGUGUUCCCAUUAGAUUCUCCACACAAAAAGCCUUAUGAAGGUCUUAUAUUGGGGAGAGUUCGCGAAAAAACUGCUGUACCAUUAAGGAAUGAAGAUGUAAAAGUACUUCCCAUUCCAGAUCACAAGUUAAUUGUCAGUGUGCCCUGUACUCUUCAUUCCCAUAAGCCACCUCUUGCUGAGGUUCUAAAAGACUAUGUCAAGCCAGAUGGGGAAUAUUUGGAAUUGUUUGCUCGAAAUUUACAGCCAGGUUGGACUAGUUGGGGCAAUGAAGUUCUCAAAUUUCAACACAUGGAUUAUUUUGUUGCUCUGCAGUCUAGAAGCUGACUCUGAUCUUAAAGUUGUGAUUUUCUUCAGUUUUCCUUACCCCUUUUUCCCUCAUUCUAAUGGAUAUUUCGCUUUCUUACCAACCAGUAUGCUUAGAAAUAUAAAUAGGACUUGGUUUCUGUGCAGAAGACCAGAAGUGACUAGUCUUUAUGUAAUUUUGAGAUGAAUUUACUUCAGUCACACCAGUAUUCCCCAUUAUUCCAGGUUCACUGCAAAUAAAGAGGUAAGCAGUUAGAAAAAUGACAAGACUUUGUUAUCAAAAAAGUUCGGAAAGCAUGCACUGUGGACCAGAGGUCAUAAUUCUGUCUAUAGAUGUGUUUUAUUUGGCUCAUAUGGUGUUGUAAAAGAAAUUUGAACCAUCAUUCCGAAAAAUUGGGAAAUUUCACAUAAAGUGUAGAUUUUUGCUUUACUUUAAACAUCAGAAGCUCUGGCUGCACUGCAGUCUGUAUUCUUUCUGGGCAUCAGUCAGUAGGACCCAGUGGUUGCAGCUCACUUGGGAAGGGACAUGGGCUCUGCAGUUUACCACAGUAACACUUGCUCCGUGCCACUCGCUUGUGUUGUCUACUUGGCCUCUGUGCAACCCAAAUUUCUGACUUCUGGUAUACUGUUACAUUCUGGAAAAAUAUUGAGAGACCUACCAAGUACCUCAUCAUUGUACUGAGCUUAUCUUUAUGGAGGGUUUUAAAUUGCAUUCAAGAUCACUCUUCAAGUACUUCUUAGUUUUGCUUGUUUUUUUUUAGAAGAUUUAAAAAGUAUUUCUUAUAAUAAUGUCAGAAGAUAACACUGCUUAUCAUUUGAAAGAUAUUUAUAUUAUUUACAGAUUUCCAUAAAUAUUUUUUUACUAAAUAAAAUACUUUUUACUGAAAUUAUUUGAAAAGCAUGCUGAUUUAUUGUGUAUAAGCUUUUUUAAAAUUGAGAUACAAUUUCACAUAAACUU